AUGUUGGAUCUAAUUGAAUCACUUUUAAUAGAAUAUGCACCAACAAUUAUAGUUGUAGUUCUCAUUGUUGGAACCUAUUUAUAUAUGAAUAGACCUCCACCUCCUCCUCCUAUCAACAGAAAGAUAAAGACACCAGCUGCCCCAAAGCCACCAAAAGUUCAAAAAUCAUCUUCAGAGAAAGUUUUAAAGAUAUUCUUUGGAACACAAACUAGAACAGCAGAGGAUUUCUCACGUGUCAUUGAGAAGGAGGCAAAAAAGAUUGGAAUUCCAUGUGAGGUUGUCGAUCUGGAGACUUACGAUCCAAAUGAUUUGUCCAGUGAGUACUUUGCAAUGUUUUUGGUGGCGACCCACGGUGAGGGUGACCCCACUGACAAUGCCAAGGAGUUCUACUUGUGGCUAACGAGCGAGGAUCGUCCAUCGACUUUGCUCGCCAAUCCAGCGGUACCAUUCACCGUUUUUGGUCUCGGAAACAAAACAUACGAACACUACAAUGCAGUCGCACGUGUAUUCGACAGACGUCUCGAGGAACUCGGUGGUAAGCGAGUCUUUGAAAGAGGUGAAGGUGAUGAUGAUGCCACCCUCGAAGAAGAUUUCCUACACUGGAAGAAGAACAUGUGGGUAACUGUUUGCGAAUACCUCGGUUACGAACUAAAGUCAUCUGAAGAUGAUAAAUUUACACCAAGAUUCAGAAUGAUUACACUUACAGAAGAGAAUUACGAUGUAAACAAUUCUUACAUUAGAGUUAAUCCACCAAAGAUUAAACCUAAACUUUCAAAUAAUGGCUCAGUUAUUUAUGAUAUUAAAAAUCCAUAUCUUGCUACUGUUGUUGAGAAUAAAGAAUUACAUUCAAGUGAAUCAGAUAGAUCUUGCAAGCAUAUAGAGUUUGAUAUUGGAGAGAAUUUGAGUUAUUUGGUUGGUGAUCAUCUUGGUAUUUAUCCAGUUAAUGAGAGCGCCUUGGUCGAGCAGUUGCUUCUACGUUUGGGCGUUGACGGAGACACCAAGUUCGCCAUGGUUCCACACGACAAGGCCGGUUCAGUGAUUGAAGCUUCCGUCGGUCCAAUGACAGUGCGUAAGGCAUUGUCCGAGGUACUCGAUAUCACCAAUCCACCACGUAAGUCAAUUCUUCGUACUCUCGCCGAGUACACCCAAGUCGAGGAAGAGAAGAAGCGUUUGAUUCGUUUGGCAUCGGAGGAAGCCGCCGACGAAUACAAUGAGUUUAUCAAGCACGAUUUCCGUACGAUCGGUGAGUUGCUUCAGAACUUCCCAGGUAUCAAUCCACCCAUCUCACACUUCCUCGAGUUCAUGCCACGUCUUCCCGCUCGUUACUACUCGAUCUCCUCCAGUUUGAACGCCACACCAGGUCGUGUCACCAUCACAUCGGUGGUCGUCAACUUUAACACACCAACUGGACGUUUCCACAAUGGUGUUUGCUCGACUUGGCUUGCCAACCUCAAGGUCGGUGAUAAGGUGCCAAUGUUUGUAAGAGAGUCUCACUUUAGAUUACCAUCACACUACACUUCGGCGGUUGCCAGCGACAAGCCAGCACCACCAAUGAUCAUGGUCGGUCCAGGUACUGGUUUUGCACCAUUCCGUGGUUUCCUCCAAGAGAUUCAACACCGUCUCUCAACCAAACAGAUCUCCGAACAAUUCGACAAUAUUCUCUAUUUCGGUUGUCGUGGUAGUAACAUUGACUAUCUCUACAAGGAGGAAAUGGUAGUCUAUCAACAAUCUUCAUCGUUGAAGACUCUCACUGUUGCAUUCUCGAGAGAGACCGCCGAGAAGACCUACGUUCAACACAAGAUGGCAUCGGACAAAGAAAAGAUCUGGUCACUCAUUUCCAAUGGUGGUUACUUCUAUGUAUGUGGUGACGCUCGAAGCAUGGCAAAGAGCGUAAAUCAAACACUCAUUCAAAUCAUCAAAGAAUACGGAUCAAAAGACGACAACGCAGCUCAACAACUCAUUGAAGAUAUGCAGAAAUCCGGUAGAUAUUUACAAGAUGUUUGGUUCUAA